AUGGAGGUCAUCGGCGUUCUGGCGGUGAUUGCAAUCAUUGCGGCGGUCGCCACGCCGCAGAUCUUUCAGGCAAUCCAGGAUGCCAAGGUCACCUCACUUGUACAGGAGGCAAAUGAUCUCAAAGCAGCCGUCGCCAGGUACUACAAAGAUACAGGUACCUGGCCACGUCAUAUCCCAACGCGCAAUGAAGACCAUUUCAACCAGCUGAUGCGCAAUAGCGACUCUAGUGGAAAUGCGAUUGCAGGGUGGAAUGGUCCCUACAUUGAAUCACAGCUGUCUAAUCCGAUUACCCCAGGAGGGUACCUGGAUCUGCAGGUAACCAGUAAUGCCAACUACGCCUGUGAUCUGGAUGGCGACGGUAAUGGUGAUGGCACCUUUAUCACCUACCGAAUUGACGGUGUGCCGGAUAACCUGGCGCAGAAUAUUUCGCAGAUGUUAGAUAAAGACGGCGCCAAUACCACUGGUGACGAGGCCUGGCAGGCAGCUGGUCGUGUAAAACGAUAUGGCGGCAACCAUGGAUCGGCGACGCCUCGUGUCAGUAAACCGCUGGGCCAACGCCUGGUGGAAGCGGGAUUGCUGACGGAACCGCAACUGGAUCUUGCACUGCGUGAACAGAAACGCGACGGUGGAUUCCUUGGGCAGGUUUUAGUUGAACUGGGAUUUGUGACCGAAGAGGACAUCACCGCGUGUCUGGCGUUGGAAAACGAUGUUGAAAUGGUCAGUGUGCGCGACCUGGAAGUCUCGCCUGACCUUUUGAGCCUGGUUUCUUAUGAGACCGCUCGAACCCACAAGUUGAUUCCGCUUGCGAUAGACGAUGGUGAGCUGACCGUUGUUUUUGCUGAUGCGUUAGAUGUGGUUGCACAGGAUGCCGUGGAGCGCGAAAGCAAGCGAACCAUCCGCGUGGCUACAGCACCCGAGCCGCAUAUCCUGGAAGCGAUUGAGCGCAACUAUGCGCGCUCAUCGAGCAUUAAUGAAACGAUCGAGCAGGUGCUGUCUGGAGACAGCCUGGACGUCACUGCGGCGGAUCAGGAUUCGCCGAUGGUGCGGCUCGUCGAUCAGAUUUUUGCCACUGCCAUCAAACACAAAGCCACCGAUAUUCAUCUGCAGCCUGAAGAGCGCAACAUGCGCGUGCGAUUGCGGGUGGACGGCAUUCUGCGCGAAGAAAUUGUUGUGCCCAAAGCCAUCCAAUCCGCCGUACUGGCGCGGGUAAAGCUGAUGGCCAAUCUGGAUAUUACUGAAAAGCGUGUGCCCCAGGAUGGGCGCAUUCGUUUCACCUUCGGCAGCGGCUAUGUUGAUCUGCGUGUUUCAACACUGCCGACCAAUCAUGGCGAAAGUAUUGUCAUGCGCCUGCUGGAUGGCGGAGCGGUCCAGCUCUCGCUGGCUGAGCUUGGCUUUGCACCUGAUGAUUUAAGGCGUAUUGAGCAGGCCAUCAGCCAUCCUUAUGGGAUGGUGUUGGUAACCGGCCCAACAGGAAGUGGUAAAACAACCACCUUAUACACCGCGUUGGGCACCAUCGACCGUGAAGCGCGCAGUGUAUUUACCCUGGAAGACCCAAUUGAAUAUACGUUGCCGAUGAUUCGUCAGACACAGGUCAAUGCAGACAUCGGAAUGGAUUUUGCUGCAGGGUUACGUUCACUUUUACGUCAGGAUCCAGACGUUAUUCUGGUUGGUGAAAUACGUGAUGCUGAAACCGCUGAACUGGCUACCCGCGCGGCCAUGACGGGUCACCUGGUUUUUUCAACGCUGCAUACCAAUUCAGCCGUUGGCGUUAUCCCGCGUCUGGUAGAUAUGGGGAUCGAUAGAUUCCUCCUGCCCUCUGCUUUGGUCGGCAUUGUCGGGCAGCGGCUGCUGCGUAAACUAUGCGUAAGCUGCAAAAUCCAGGUGGAGGGCGCCAACCCACUUCUGUUAGGUGAUCUGGCUGAUGUGACGGAUGUGAGUGAUCAUCACUGGCAACCCGUAGGCUGUGAUCAAUGCAACGGUAGCGGUUACAGCGGCCGUAUGGCUGUUUAUGAGGUUCUGUUGGUUGAUACCUCUUUUCAUGAUGCUAUGUUGGAAGGUAGCGUCGAAUCGAAGCUGUUGGAGCUGGCGCGCGCGGGUGGCAUGACCACUAUGCUGGAAGAUGGACUAGCCAAAGCACAACAGGGCCUGACUUCGGUGGCUGAAGUGCUGCGCGUGCUGCGAGAUUUAGUCGAUUUUUUUAACGGCCUGGCGACGUUGGUAGAUGCGGGUGUUGAUAUCGCGGAAAGUUUGAACGUACUGGUUAAUGAAACCGUUGAUGAGGGUUUCAAGCAGAUUCUGGAUGAUGUCCGUUUGAACAUCCAAAGUGGUGUGAAUUUUUUUGAUGCGAUGUCUGCCCACCCUGAAGUGUUUACAGCGGAGAUCUGCAAUCUUGUGCGGGCUGGUGAACACAGCGGUGAGCUGGUGGCGGCUUGUUACGACAUCAGUGAGCAUCUUGAAUGGCUGGAUCAGCUGAUGGGUGACGUGAAGCAGGCAACCAUGUACCCGGCGAUGAUUGCAACUGCGGUAAUGGGUCUGGUGUUUCUGAUGUUCAGCUUCGUAGUCCCUCAAUUCUCAGUCAUUUUCGACAGUUUGAAUAUUGAGCUACCGACCAUUACUAAGGUUGUGGUGACUAUUGGUGCUUUCUGUAACAGCCACUGGUGGGCGAUGCUGCUGGCGAUCGGCGGACUUUUUGCCGGUCUCAAGUUUGGACCGGUUUACUCGCCGAAGAUGGCAUACACCAUGGAUAAGGUGAAAUUACGUAUGCCGGUGUUUGGUCCGAUAAAUCAGUUGCUGGUGCUAUCGCGCUUUGCUCAUAACAUGGCGCUGAUGCUUAAAGCAGGUGUGCCCAUAAUCGAAGCGCUAUCCCUUGUCUCUGGUGUGGUGGCCAAUCGGGUCAUGCAAGCUGCUUUAGACAGCGCACAGCAGGCGGUUACCGAUGGGCGUCGCAUGUCUAAAGCACUCAGCGAUCAUGAUGUCGUGAGUCCUAUUGUGAUGCGUAUGAUUGUGGUCGGUGAAGAAACCGGCAAACUCGAUAGCUGCCUGGAAAAGGUGUCCACGCGGAUGGACGAUGAGAUACCACGACGUAUUAAACGCCUGUUCGGUAUUCUCGAACCUGUGAUCAUCCUGGUACUGCUGGGUAUUGUCGGGCAUACGCGGAUGAAUAAAUCCAAGGGCUUCUCUCUGCUGGAAAUGAUUGGUGUGAUGGCUGUGAUGGCCAUUCUUGCCGGCGCUUUGGCGCCCAGCGUUUUUCAACUCAUUGAAGAAGGCUAUCAGACCGCUGAGCAACAGAGCUUAGGGACAAUCUCUGAUGCCCUGCAAAAGUCCAUCGUUCGUGACAGGCGCAUCCCUACAACAACAUUGUCAGACUGGAGCAAUGCGGUUGCACAAUACGCUUCGCUGCCACCUGCACGUAUUACGACUAACGAUAAGAAUUUUUCCCGCAGACUUUAUGCGGAUCCGAUGUUUUUUAAUGCCAGCAAUCAGAACUUUCCCGGUUAUACACAGAUCUCGGGAUUGGCAAAUGUACCCUAUUCACCACGCUUAAUGGUUGUCUCAAGUUUGGCGGGUAACGUCACUGCGAAUCUGAAUACACAUGAUCGGUUCACAGACGUCUGGGAGCAGAAUAUCGGCGCUUUGCUGGUUGAAGAUGACGUGCUGAUGAUCGAACGCAUCAACCUCGCGCCGCUGUUUGUCCGAAUCCUGCUGAAUAACGCCAAUGCCUCACAAGCCGGCUUUGCACUGGAAAACGGCGGCGAGAAUGCCGUAUCAGCUGCCUCUGGGGGUGUAGACGGCGCGCGAACGGUUUACGUCCUUAGAGGUACGCAGAUUGGUUUGACCAGCGCACCUUACCCCGGUGAUAUGAGUCGUACGCGUUAUGCCAUUUCCUGGUUGUAUGGUGAGUUCCGCAUUGCCCGUUUUCAUCGUGAUGAAAUAGCCGAGCAGUGGGAGUCACCUGAGCAGGUUGAAAGUUACGCUGAUCUGGUAAGAGUACUUGAUCAGGCUGCUCAGGCUAUUAACCUUGGUGACAAAGGUGACGUGACCGUCGUUCACGAGCACGAUCUGCACACCCACGAAUAUCUUGAAGUGCCGGCCAUGAAGCGCCGGGAUCUGGAAAGAUAUCUGCAUCGUCGAGUGCAGCAGGAUAAGUCAUUUGAUGAAGAGGCAGCCUGGUGUUUCCAUCAGGUCGCCCACGCUGGCGGCAAAGAAGGUGUGUUGCUGCACCUGUUACCGAAGCGAAUUGUUAAAUCGACCCUGGCCGCAUGCGGUGCUGUGGGGCUUGCACCCAAACAGUAUGUUCCGCUGACAGAAAUUGUUUCUGAUUAUCUGCCCACACUAGACUUAAACGUUGACGACAUGGUUGUCGUGGUGGCGUGUUUCAAGGCGCGUACAGAAAUCAUUAUUGCACUGGCAGACGGUGAGGCCCUGUUUGUGCGCGAGCUCAACUACGGCCUGUCUGCCAGCACUUAUGAGCGGCUUGUUACUGACGUCAAUCGGACUCUGCGUUAUGGGCGGCAGCAGCUUGGCCGGAGUGUGACCAAAGCUUUGAUGAUGGGUGAUAUCAGUGCGGAACUGGUUGAACCUCUCGAAACCAAUAUAGACGUGCCAGUCAGUUUUGAUGAGCAGGCAUCCGACCCGUACUUCUGGACAUUAUGGGCAACCCGGCUGUCAGGCAAGCUAUCAGCUAACUUCAUUUCCGUUUUUGCGCAAAAAAACAUUACCGCGGAUGCGGUGCGCAGAGUUGCCGCCUGGUCAACCGCUGCGGUGUUGAUGGUAACCACGGUCAUGACGUUGUUUACCGGUGGUCUGGUGACACAUCGGGCGGAUCAGAUUCGCGGUAUUGAAUCUCGAACAGAAGAAGUGCGCGUGUUGAUUGAACAGGUAGAACAGAAAUUGUGGGAAGGGCGUUUGAAACAGGAUCACCUUGGACGCCUGCAAGCCACCAGUAAAAAUUUGCCCGCGUUGCUGGUGGUGCAUCUGGGUCAGCUUACGCCGCCUGAAGUCACUUUGACCAGGGUCAAUGUUGCGCGUCAGGAAUCUGCCUGGCGGGUCCUGAUCAACGGAACGGUGGCAGGUGAUCUGCGUGAAAGUGCCCGCAUCCUGGCUAAUCUAGAAAUGCAGUUAAGCGAACCGCCCUGGCAGAUCAGCUUCAGUAAAAGUUUCACAAACACCUGGAUGCAACAGUUUGCCCAGGGAAAGUUGCAGCGUGAAGGUGAAAAUGGGCUUUCUAUCCUGGAUGAACUGGUGGAGCUGGAGGUCUCAGAAUAUCGCCUGGACAGCCAGCUCAAUGAUCUGGAACUGGAACUGGCCAGUAUUGAUGUAGAGAGUCUCAGCACGGCGAUUGAGGCAGAAAACGAUAAGGUCUUUCAAGGCUUUCCCGAAUUGGCAGCCUGGGCGGAAAACCUGGCAGCGAUCGCUGCAGAUCGGUCAAUGGUCUUCAGUUAUCAGGCGAAGGUGCCACAUUUAUCUCCCGUGCCCGAUGUGCUCGAAGUACCUGUUACUUUGACUUUUAAAGCCGCGCCGGAUUCGGCCGAUAACCUAUUUGAUCAAUCGAUGGCGCUGAUUGGUUUCAUUUUGCGCGAUCACUGGCAUAUGGAUGUGUUGCAAACCCAGGCGUUAGGAGACGGCGAUGGUCUUGAUGCCAUCAGCAUCCAGGCCCAGGUAUGGGUGCGCGAUCGAUUUGGUUUUGUUGAUCUGGCUGCUCUACAAGCGCAGAUCCCUGCGGAGAAUCAGGAUGUUGACGAGUUGUUUGAACAAUACGUUGAAGAGAUCGGCAUGUUGGAUGAGUUUUCUGUUGCUAACAAUGUUGCGGUGACCACACGUCGUAUUGGCGAAUCGCGUGAUGCCAUUGGGUGGCUCAACGAUGUUGCACGCGAUCCGUUUGACGGCGGCGCUUUGGAUGCGCAGGCGCAUGCAAUAGGUCUACAUGAAACACUUCCGAAAGUUGGCGCGGUUUUUCUCGGUGGUGGUGUUAAGGCGGCAGUUUUAAACAACAAACUGCUGCGAAUCGGAGAUGCGAUUGAUAGUUUUGUCGUUACCGAUAUAGAUGCUGAACACGUGGAAGUCAGUCGCAAUGGCAAGUUUUAUCGAACGCCCGUUUCCUCGAUAUCAUACGCAGGACAGUUGGCCUUCACCCGCCCUUGUGAAGAACCACUUUACAGUUUUGUUAUCAAUAACAUGCCGGUAAAGCAGGGCCUGCGUCAGUUCGGGCGGGCUUACGGGCUAAACAUUAUUGCUGAUGAAGAUGUGACAGGUAUUCUGGACGUGGAAUUCAGAGAUUUACCUCUGGAGAGGGCAUUGUCCCUGAUGUUGGAUAGUCUGGAUUAUUACUGGGAGAUCAACGACGGCGUCAUUCGCGCCAGAUCUCAGGAAACCCGCCGAAUACAGCUUGAUUACCUUCGUCUGGUGCGCUCAGGCAAUGGGUCCAGCUCAGCCAAAGUAUCUUCCAGUUCGUCGGAAGGAGGCAGUUCCCCAGGUGGAGGGUCUGAUGACGAAGCGGGUUCUAUCGUCAUUGCACAGACGGAUGAAAUUGAAUUCUGGGGAGAGCUGCAGGCACAAUUGGAACAGCUGUUGAGCGAAUCCGGUAGCAUCGUGAUGAACAGUUUAUCCGGAACGCUGCAGGUGACUGAUCAACACGCCCACGUCGAAUCGGUGGCCAACUACAUAGACCAUGUGAAUCGUUCGAUUCAUCGCCAGGUCGAUAUCGAAGUCAAAAUCCUUGAGGUGGUGUUGGAAGACAGUUCUGCGCUGGGGGUUAACUGGUCCAGGGUGUCUCGCGUACUUGAUUCGGGGACGAAUGUGGAUUUCUCCACGUCCGGUAUUGUAACUUCGCCUGCUGGCGGUAUCGCGCCACUGUCAUCGGUACUGAAUCUGUCUGCGUUCAACCUGAAAAACGAUGGCAAUACUCGCAUACAAGCCGUGGUAGAAGCUUUAGAAGAGCAGGGUGAUGUCGAAAUUGUAAGCCAGCCUCAUGUGCGAACAAUGAAUAACCAGACCUCGCUGAUCAAAGUGGGCACCGACCGAACGUUUUUCCGGCGUGAACAAUCAACAGAUUCUACUUCGGCGGGUUCUAUUACCACGGCAACCGACAUCCCCCAGGUGGUCACGGAAGGCGUGGUGUUAUCGAUUACACCGCAAAUUGGUGACACGGGCUGGAUCAUGAUGGACAUUUCUCCGGUAGUCACCCGGGUGUCCAGUGUCAGCGUGGUUGAAGAUGUUAAUGGGGUUAUCCAGAGUUCUGCACCAAACCUGGAUGUGGCACAGGUGUCCUCUUUGGUUCGUGCGCGUAGUGGCGAUACGGUUGUUCUGGGUGGAUUGAUUCAAAGUGCAGAUUCGAAUACCAAGCGCGGUGUGCCUGGCCUGACCCGGCUUGGGCCGUUCAGUAAGUUGUUAGGCGGUGAAUACAAAGCGUCCAGCCGCAAAGAGCUGAUCAUGAUUCUGUCUUCUGAACCAAGGGCUGAUGAGCAAGCGGUUGCGGAAAUACCCGCCAGGGCGGAACAGAACCUUCACCCCCAGGACUUUCAAAACAUCCGUGCGCAGCUCGCGCAGAUGUCAUUCGCUGAUGGGCAAGCUUUGGUUGCCGGGUUUCUCGACGAUCAUCCCACACAUCGGGAAGCGCGCAUCACGCUUGCACGUCUGCAGGUGCUGGAUAACGAUCCUGCCUCUGCACUGCUGACGCUGGAUUCUCUGGUGGCAUCAGUGGCCGCCAAGAAUCAUUCUGAUUGGCAACCGUGGUUCUGGACUGGCACCGCUUAUCUCGCCCUGGGUGAAAUUGAAUCAGCACGUCGCAUGUUGGAUGUUGCUGUCUCUAAAGAAGGCCAGGUUGUAGAGAUCUGGGUGCAGCUUGCGGUUUUAGAGCAGGAGCUGGAUAACCACGCUGCGGCGCUGCAAUACAUCGGCAUUGCUGAACAGAUUGAUGCGCAAGCCGCGCAGAUUUACCUGAACAGAGCAUACAGCCUGGAACGCCUGGGUGAGUUUGACGCCGCGCUCAGUGCUUAUCAGCAAUUCAUGUCCAGCAGAAUGUCACCAGGGGCAGAGGCCUUGCGUCCGUCGGUGAUGCGUCGCAUGGCACUGUUGGCCGAACGCCAGCAGGCUGCUGAAGAAAACUCGGGUCAGAGUUCCUGA